GCACCCAGCAGCAUUUCGGCUCCGGCACAGCAGGACUCCUGGCCACCGUGCCCGCGGUGGCAUCGGACCGCGCUGGGGCUCGGCUGGGCCGGGAAUCUCAUCCUGCUGGGAGCUGUGAUGGCCCUGGCUGUCCUGGUUUCCCAGUACCCAUCUCAGAACCCACAGACGCCAGGGGUCCCGCAGAGCACAGAAAGGAGCCAUUCGCGUGAGAUCAGUCAAAGCACAACCACGUUCAAUGGGAGCUUGGAGGCUUUCCGAUCCAGCUUGAAACAAAACUUGUGUGAUACAGAAAACAGCUCAGCAGGGGGUGCCGGGUGCAAACUCUGCCCCAGGCACUGGGUGCCGCACAGGGACAAGUGCUACUGGCUGUCUGAUGGGAGUAAGUACUGGUCCAGGGGACGGGAUGACUGCUCACGGAAGAGAUCUCGCCUGUUAGUGAUCCAGGACUGGAAGGAGAUGGCAUUCAUACAGAAUAUUAGAAGAGAUCAAAAUCCGGUGUGGAUUGGACUCAACAUCACAUCCCCAGGGAGUAACUGGACCUGGGUGGACGGUUCCCUGUUAAAUCAAACACUAUUCACGGUAUCAGGGCCUGCGGAAGAGAACAGCUGUGCUGCAAUAGAGAAUAAUCAGAUCCAGUCUGAAAUCUGCAACACUGACUUUAAAUGGAUUUGCCAGAAGGCAGCUGUGCUCAUUUAAACAGGUGGAUCGACGCCCUCUGUUUGCAGAUGUGGAAUGCGGAACCUACUGCGUGUUGCUCUUUAUUUCGACUAACAAACCUUCAGGAGGGGUCAGUCUGGAUAGUGCCGAGAAAGUGAGCAACACGAUGCUGACUUACACCAUUUGGGGGUCUGGACCUAUUGACGCCAAUGGACUUAGAGCGAAUUCGCACCAUUAUUUUAUUUUAAAAAAUAAAUCAACCAUUUUGUCACAAAAUUGCUAUUAUAUUUUUCAGACUUUAAAAAAAUUGUUAAUUCCUGGGACAUUAUUUUUUAUAUUAUGGUAGUGCCUAGAGGCCAACUAAACACAGCCACAGUCCCUUUCCCAACUGAGAUCAGGGCCCCAUUGUGCCGGGCGCUGCACAGACACAGCGAGAGACAGUCCC